GCAUGGUUUCUGGGGUCUCUUUGGUAGUAGAGUAGUCCGAGAUUAGAGAAGUGCAGUCCCGAGCAUCUUGGGCCAAACAAACCAUUAAGCUUCAGGAUGAGUUCAAUAUUGAAUGAUGAGGUCCUUAUUAAAGUUGGACCGCGAGGGGAUAUUCUGAGUGGAAAAACAGAAUGGGAUGAAUCAAGUUAUGGAAAUGUGAAGCAGAUCUUUAUAACUCAUGGAAAUGCCAUAAAUUCCAUCCAAAUGUUGUAUGACUUCGACGGAAAUUUAGCCCUUGCACACAGGCAUGGAGGGGAUGGAGAUAACUUCGUCUGUAUUAAUUUUGAAUCUUGGGAGUAUUUGACAUCCUUAACUGGUUAUUAUGGGCCCAUCGAGCAAAAGGGUCCGGUGGUCAUACGAUCGCUAACAUUUGAAACCAACGGGAGCACUUAUGGGCCAUACGGUCGAGAAGAGGGUACCCCUUUUCGUUUCAACUUCCAGGCGGGUGUCAAGUUUGGUGGAUUUCAUGGGCGUUGUAGUAGUAAUUAUCUCGCUGCCAUCGGUGCAUAUGUGAAGACAAUGGCGAGGCACUAUUUCAAGCCUGAUCCUCCUAAAUAUAACAUCACACCGUGUUUGUGUUCUUCCACGACAGAGUUGCCAGCAUGUGUUACACCAAGUUAUUCUCGACGUUAUUCUGCUCCAGCAAGUACAUGAACUCCUGGACCGUCCUGAUUCAAUCUCAAGUUCCGAUUCCUUGUACUCGUGGUAUAAUGUGGUCAGUUUGGAUAUGUAAAUAUUUUUACUUAUGAGUUACAAUAUACUAAGAAUAAGUGCUUCUUAAGAAAAUGAAUGCCGAAGUUAGUCUGUAUAUGUAAUAAUAUGGUUUAUACAUUUGUCCUGGUUUCUCAAAAUUA